AUGGAAGUGGGAAGAAGGAUAUCGGCGAGUCCUCGGCCAUGCUCGGGUCGCAGAAUAUUGGCGAAGAAGAAGAGGGCUCGCUCGGAUGGGAUUGUAAACAGCGUGAAGAAGCUUCAGAGGCGUGAGAUUUCUUCAAAGCGUGAUCGAGUUUUUGGCCUCAGCAAUGCCCAGGAGAGAUUUCGCAACAUGCAUCUCAAGGAGGAAUAUGAUACUCAUGAUCCCAAGGGGCAUUCUUCCCCCGUAUUGUCUUUUCUGAUGAAGAGGACAAGGGUUAUUGAGAUAGUUGCUGCACGUGACAUCGUAUUUGCUCUUGCACACUCGGGUGUUUGCGCAGCUUUUAGCAGAGAGAAAAACGAGAGGAUAUGUUUCUUGAAUGUAAGCCCUGAUGAAGUCAUUCGGAGCUUGUUCUAUAAUAAGAACAACGAUUCGCUCAUCACAGUUUCGGUCUAUGCCUCAGACAACUUCAGCUCUUUGAAAUGCAGAUCCACAAGGAUUGAGUAUAUAAGGAGGGGCCAGCCAGAUGCUGGAUUUUCUCUUUUCGAGUCUGAGUCUUUAAAGUGGCCUGGGUUUGUGGAGUUUGAUGAUGUUAAUGGCAAGGUGCUAACAUACUCUGCACAAGACAGUAUAUACAAGGUGUUUGACCUUAAGAACUAUACCAUGCUUUACUCUAUAUCAGACAAACAUGUACAAGAAAUCAAGAUCAGCCCAGGCAUCAUGCUGUUGAUUUUCAAUAGAGCUAGUAGCCAUGUUCCGCUGAAGAUUCUAUCAAUAGAAGAUGGCACAGUUCUCAAAGCCUUCAACCAUCUUCUUCAUCGAAAUAAGAAGGUUGACUUCAUAGAGCAAUUCAAUGAAAAGCUUCUCGUUAAGCAAGAAAAUGAGAAUCUUCAGAUUCUUGAUGUUCGAAAUGCAGAGCUGAUGGAAGUUAGCAGAACUGAGUUCAUGACUCCAUCAGCAUUUAUCUUUCUUUAUGAGAACCAGCUAUUCCUGACAUUCAGAAAUCGAAACGUGGCUGUCUGGAACUUUCGUGGAGAACUUGUGACUUCAUUUGAGGAUCACUUGUUAUGGCAUCCUGACUGCAAUACCAAUAACAUUUAUAUAACAAGCGAUCAGGAUCUUAUCAUAUCUUACUGCAAGGCUGAUUCGGAUGACCAUUGGAUGGAAGCAAAUGCUGGAUCUAUUCAUGUCAGCAAUAUCUUAACAGGGAAAUGCCUGGCCAAAAUAAAUGCAGGCAAUGGCGGUCCCAAGGUUGACGACUGUGACAGCAGUGCUGGCUCCUCAAGCAAGCGAAGCAACUCAUCUCUGGUGAGAAGCACCGUUGCUGAGGCUUUGGAAGACAUAACUGCUCUUUUCUACGAUGAAGAGCGCAAUGAGAUAUAUACUGGAAAUAGGCAUGGUCUUGUUCAUGUGUGGUCAAACUGA